AUGGGCGAGGUGCAAUACGACGACACAGGUGUCCCAGAGAGGCUUCGAGACCCUUGGCCGACUAUCCAGAUCAUGCUCGACCCUUCGCUCGCUACCCAAUCGGCGCCUCCGUCUGGACAAAGCUUCUUUGCGUCGUCUAGGAAUGUUGGUAUUAGCGGAGGAAAUUUCUAUGCGACACAAGGUCACAACAUAUCACUCACAGUCAACUUGAACCUGGGCGAGGGUGAAGCAAGCAGGCUGAUUGCCCAGGCACCCCGAUUGGAUCGGCAGCAGACCACGAUCACCGGGCAGAGGGGAGAGACAGAUGGACGACGUCUAACGGAGCCUGGGGACGUCGGAGGCGGCGCGAAGGAGAUUGUUCAAACUUUCCAACGCGCGAGCGAAGUACCACGGUUCGUCUGGGACACGCUCAAAGCCAACCAAGUCAAAGCCAACGUUGUCCUCCCCACUCUCCUCAAGUCUUUGGCCUUGGAACGUUCCGGUCGAAUGCCCGGAGACCACCUCUGGAUCGUCUCGUAUAUCCUCCCUCCUCACCCCCAUGCUCAACCCCAAGUUAGAUUUGUCCUCUCCUGCACAGACAACAGUGUCAGUAGAAACCCCAUCUUUAUCUUCACUCCUCUCCCCAGCAAGCAUCUCCAAUACGACAAGGCCAUCCACAGCUCGAUAGCCCUCCUUGCCACCGAGCUCCGGAAACACCAGCCUGAUGAUAGGGUGUACUCAGUUUUCGCGGUCGAUGUCGUCUCGUCGGUGUGGGUGCAUGUUUGGGCACAUAUGACGGGGAUCGCAGCCAUAAAAGAGCCCUACAAGACAGUGCAGCUCAGUUAUGUGACAAGGAGCACCUUCAUUCAAAAGGAUCCACCAACCACGCAUGAACUCCGGCCCGCCACUCGCGAGGACAUCCCUGAAAUUGUGCGCCUCUGGCACAUGUCUACUGACGGCAAUCAUCCGUUUGCCUUGGACCAGGAAGGAGCGUUUUGUGAAGCUACCGCCCUUGUCGAGAGUGGGCAAGUCUGGGUCUACAAGUUGUUUGACCGUGGAUACCCACCCCGAAUUGUGACCAUUGCUGCCUUCGCUAGGUACAGCGAAACAGUUGCGACACUCACCAAGCUGUACUCCGACCCAGAGUGGUGUGGGAGGGGAUAUGCCGGUCGUCUCGCCCGAGCGGUCUGUCAUGAGCUGCUCAAGACGAAGGAGAAGGUCGCGACUUUCGUCAGGUAUAAUUGCAGCGACCACCACAUUUUUGGUCGGAUUGGCUUUGUGGGCAUUGGGAUUAAUUCUCCUGCCCCAGAGGACGUUGAGACGUGGUUUGAGAUCGGCUUCGAUCCGGCACGCGUGAAGCUGGGCUGCUGGUAG